CUCUCAUUUCCAGUCUACAUGAAGAAGCUUCACAGAAAAUCAAUACCUUAAAAAGAUAAUGAAGAAAAGUCAAGUCUACUUGCUCAAAAUUUCUCAUCUAUUUAUUACCCUUAAGCCUUUCUCAUCUAUGAAAAGCUAAAAGCUAGACAGCUUCUCUUGCUUAUACAUGGAAGAAUCCAGUGACUAUCCCUUGUUCAGCUGCAGAAAUUGCAGAAAUCCUCUUGCCUUUCACAGCGAUCUCAUUUCUAAAACUUAUAAGGCAAAAUCAGGGCAGGCAUAUAUGUUCUCUAAUGCAAUGAAUAUUGCGUUGGGGAGAAGAGAAGACAGGCAGAUGAUUACUGGUGUUUAUACAAUUGCUGAUGUCUACUGCAGAAAUUGUGGUGAGGCAUUAGGUUGGAUGUAUUUGAGAGCUUCUGAUCCUAAACAGAAGUACAAAGAAGGCAAUUUUGUACUGGAAAAACUCAAGAUUUUCCAGGAAAAUUACUAGCUUUCUAUCACUUCAAGAUGUAAUAUUGGACUGUCCUUGAAUAAUUCCCAUAGAGGAACAUCCAUGGUUUUAUAUAGAUGUGCUACUUUUUAUUUCUUC